AUGCUGGCAAGGAUACUCCUCGGGAUCCUCUACACGGCCACAGGCCUCGCCAUCAUCGGAACCAUCGUCCUCCACAACUAUGCCCGCAUCACCUGUCACUGGAACUGGGACUCAAAGGAAUCCUUCAUGAGGAUGGUCGUCUUUGCUGAUCCGCAGAUGGAAGGCGACGCAAAGAUCCGGCGUCUUGGGAAGCGAGAAUUCGAUGUUCGUGUCGCUCGUUACCGGUCCAUCUUUCCUGACCCUUCCUUGUCAUCCUCAGGAUCAGUAGCAAGAACAGUAGGAGCAGGAGAGGAGAGCACUGUACCAGUGAUGAUCAACAUUACGGGAAACCACGAUAUCGGGUAUGGAUACGAUAUCUCGCAGGACCGGGUUGAGCGGUGGGAGCAGGUCUUUGGCAAAUCCAACUUUAUCAGUUCUGUGGAUAUCCCAACAUCUGGCGUUGUUGGAAGUGAGAAUGAUACGGAUUCUCGGAGGUCGCAAAGCAGUAGAAGGUUGCAUUUGGUUGUUCUUAACACCAUGCUCCUCGACGGACCAUCAUCUGACGAGAACCUCCGGGGACAGACAUGGCAGUUCUUGCAGGAGGCAUCAUCGCUGAAGGAGAACAACCCCCAGGACAAGAUCGUCCUCUUGACACAUAUCCCCUUCCACAAGGAACAAGGUAUUUGUGUCGACCCCCCAGAUAUCCGCGUACACUGGGACAACACAAUUAUUGAGCAGACGAUGUUGACACCAAACACAACACAAUGGAUCUUGAACACUCUCCGGCCAGACUUUGUCCUUAAUGGACAUGACCACUACGGAUGCGAUGUCGUUCAUACCCUCCACCACGAUCAGGAUACCUGGAUCGCCUCUGCCACAGACCUCUCCCUCCCCGUUUCUGGUUCGUCGCAAGCAGAACAGCAGCAGCAGGAGGAAGUGAAGGAACAGAGACAGCAAACACGGAGAGUGCGUGAAGUCACACAACGGUCCAUGAUGGCAGAAUUUGGUGGAUACUCUGGACUCUUUGAAAUCAAGAUCCCUUCCACCUCAUCUUCAUCUUCUUUCGACAACAGCAACAACAGCAACAACAACAACAACAUGAGCGAGGAUGAACUGGAGUUUCACUACACGGCAUGCGGAUUCUUCAAUGACGUCCAAGUCUGGGUCGUCAUCAUCACUGAUCUGGUCGUCGCUAUUCUUUGGGCUCUCUUUGGACUCCUCCGCCUCAUCACCUCUUCGCUCGCAUCUUCGGGACGGGCAAGGAAAAAGACCCACGUCUCCUUGUCUUCCGAAAAACAAAAACUUCUCUAG